AUGCUACUAUUUAUAGAAAAGGGUAUACGCGGUGGAUUGGUACAGGCUAGCAUGCGCUAUGCUAAAGCCAAUAACCCAAAGGUACCUGAUUAUGACGAAACGCUGAGGAAAUCGUGGCUUAUAUAUCAAGAUUGUAACAACCUAUACGGAUGGGCGAUGAGCCAGUACAUGCCUACUGGCGGUUUAGAGUGGGUUGAAGCCAAGCUAGAAGGACUUAACAACUUGGAUGAUACCUCCCCCAUAGGACGGAUGUAUGAGGUCGACGUAACGUACCCGGUAGAUCUACAUGAUAAACAUAAUGAUCUACCAUUUUUACCCGAAAACGGGAUACCUGCUGGCUCAAAAGUAAAAAAACUCAUGGCGACUUUUGAGUCAAAGAAAAAUUAUGUCGUGCAUUACCGCAGUCUCCAACAAGCCAUUAAAAACGGGCUGAUAGUGGAUAAAGUAUGUAUUAUUUUAUACAUGUUAAACAUUAGUCCAGUCGAUUUCCACAUUUUACCUGGAAAGUAUUCCGAAGUUAAUGGAAUUUUUACAGAUUAUCUAGGGGUACUCUAG